CAGAAUUCGAUCACACUAAUUGCAGCCAUAGUGUGUGCAUUCAGCCACCAUGAAUUAAUAAAAUAGACCACCACAUAGUUAAGGGUUAAUUUGGACAAGGAGGGCUUUUGAGGCAAGGUCAAAUACUAGCUACAGGCUUGCAGUUUCUGCUAAUCAGAAUAGGAGGGGAGAAAAGAUUCAACAAACUUGGAACGGGGGUCACGUGGGACCAGGUGUCUCACUUUACGGCCCGUUGCGAGGGCCAUGGCAGCACCUGUGUACCCGGCCUGGCUCGGGCGCUUGGCCACCAGGCAGCAGAGGUGGGUCCCCACCAUGUGCCCCACCCGCCCCCUGGUGCUGGCCAACCAGGUGGCGAACUGCCGCCUGCACCUGGGAGAGGCAAUGUGUACCACAGAGAUGUCAUUACCGAUGGCUUGCUGGAAGCAGAAUGAGUUCAGCGAUGCAGCUUGUGCCAAGGAGAUCCAGACAUUCUAUGACUGUGUGGCAAAGACAGAUGCGGAGCACAAGGAAAGACUUAAACAGGAGUCCCUGGGCCAGAUGGGAAACUUAUCUCCAAAGACAGUGAACAAACUACUGAGAAGGUUCCCUAAUAGCACAGAUGAUUUUUAAAGGAAGACUUGCUUUCCCAAGUAACUGGAGACCAGUAGCUGAAGCUGGUAUCAUCUUUGGAGAAGAAGUUAAAAUAAUGAUCAGCGAGCAUUUGGGGCUGAUGGUGGCUGCCAGCAUUCCUCAGGGGUUCUUGACUUGAAGAUUUCUUUGGGGGUGGGGCCACUUUCUCCAUUAGCUGAGAUUGUUCUAUGGGGUCACAGGGUCUUGUGAUAACAGGGUGGAUGUUUGCUAAGUGUUACUCAAUCAGCCAUAAUGUGGUCUUGAGUCUUGCUUCAUUGUGAAAUAAAGCCUUCUAAGGAAUGAAA